AUUGACCUUUAAUUUGCAGGGACCAAAGAAUGACGGUAGCUAAGGAAGCUAGAAAGCUCUCCUCUUCUUUAGCGGCACUUUCUAUACUUUUUGUGCCGCUGCUAACAAUUUUCUCACGUCCUUCUCCCGUCUCGGCUCUGAACACCAUCACCCAUCUUCCAGGAUUUCAUGGAACCCUGCCCUUCUACUUGGAAACCGGAUACGUGAAGGUGGACGAAGUGAAUGAUGCGCAGCUUUUCUACUACUUCAUAAAGUCUGAGGGGAAGCCGGAGGAGGACCCUCUAAUUGUGUGGCUGACAGGAGGCCCGGGCUGCUCGGCGUUCUCAGGAUUGGUAUUUGAGAUUGGCCCUCUAAAAUUUGACAUUGCCGGCUAUACUGAAGGCCUGCCAACCUUGGUCUACAACCCAUAUUCUUGGACUAAGGUAUGCAGCAUCAUCUUUCUCGAUUCGCCGGUGGGAACUGGAUUCUCCUAUUCGAGUGUGGAGAAAAGCUACGAGACGGGAGACACCAAAGCGGCCCGACAAGUCCACAUUUUCCUUAAAAAGUGGCUUAUUGAUCACCCGGAGUUCCUUUCCAAUCCACUCUACAUCGGUGGAGAUUCCUAUUCUGGUAUUGUUGUGCCUGUUGUUGUUCAAGAAAUAGCAAAAGGUGAUCAAGAUGGAGAUGAACUGCUUUACAAUCUCAAGGGUUAUCUAGUUGGCAACCCAGCAACAGAUGAGAAGUUUGAUAAUGGGGCAUUUGUCCCAUAUGCUCAUGGGAUGGGACUUAUAUCUGACGAACUUUAUGAGGUGAAAAAAUUUAUCCAAACAUUUUCCUAGAGUAUGUCAAACCCUUUAUGCUGUCCUUGUGAACACUUAACAUCAUCAACAACUUGAUGUAUUAAGGGAAUAAACACAGUCCAAAUUUUGGAGCCGGUAUGCUUUUUCGCGAGCCCAAAGCCUGGCAUAGUUGCUGCAUAUAGCAGGAGAUUGCUUAAAGAGGAUAUUAAAGGGUUUCCUUUAUUAAAAGCUGACCUUUCUUUGGAGUGUAGAACUUCUGGAUACUUGCUCUCCUAUUUCUGGGCAGAUAAUGAUACUGUUAGAGAGGCUCUCAAUAUUCAUAAGGGGACAGUGCAACAAUGGCAGAGAUGCAACUAUGGCCUACCUUAUGCACACGAUAUCCCAAGUUCUCUAAAGUUUCAUCUAAAUCUGACCAGCAGAGGCUACCGAGCAUUGGUAUACAGCGGUGAUCACGACUUGCUUGUACCCUUUGUGGGAACGCAAGCAUGGAUUAGAUCUCUCAACUUCUCCAUCGUGGAUGACUGGCGGCCAUGGUCUGCAGAUGGGCAAGUUGCAGGGUUCACGAGGACUUACUCCAAUAACCUAACAUUUGCGACUGUGAAGGGUGCGGGACACACAGCUCCAGAAUACCGGCCAAAAGAGUGCUUGGUUAUGCUUCAAAGGUGGCUAUCUGGUGCCCCUCUAUAACAUGAUUAUCCUCCAUAAUUAAGUUGCAAAUAUUGGCCCCAAAAUCAGUAACCUGAUUGUAAUCUGCCGAAGCCAGAGAAUGCUUGGGUCAACUGAUGUUCUCUAUGAUAAGUAAUACUUUCGAAAGUCCCAAAAUUGGGGAGAAGAGCUACCAAUAUUCCAGAGUAAUUGAUCUUCAAAAUUAUAAACCCUUAUGUUUACACCAGCUUUGUUGUACCUCCAUCAUUUUUUAAAGGAAAGUCUGCCAGGCAAGGAUUACGGAACAA